ACUGUGAGCAGCAUAGCUUGGGAAAGUGUGAGUGGGUAUGACUUAACGUAAAUCUCUUUCACAAGCGCAUUAGGUCAGGCUAGUACGUGUACCUACUGUCAAAUGCGAAUUAGACGAGGGUGUUUUGCAAGUUCGUUCUUACUUAUAAUGACGGGAUUUAGCAAACCAGGAAAUCAGAGGUGUACAGUUGUAGCGCAUAAGCUCAUCGUCAUUCUCUUCAUCCACCUGUACAAGUGACAAGUAGCAAAGAUAUAAAAUGGCAAUGAUAGCCCAAGCUGUGUUACUUAGUCUCUCCGUCCAGUCGCUACUUGCGACAACUGACACAAGUACCACAGUGAACGGCAGCCUGUCAACGUCGCCCGCUUCCACCGAGGGAGCAAGCGAAAUGACGUCACCAAGCUCGACUGAUCAGACAGAUGUCGACAACCAAACUAUGCCAACACAAGUGUCGACAACACUGGCUAAUUCGUUGACUAAUUCAACCGGAUUGACAGAGACAAGUGCGACGACAACGGAACUUCCAACGGAGACAGUGUCGACAGUUACUAUGGUUCCGACUCUGUCGACAGUGACACCAACGUCAGAGAGCCAAAUGUCGACUCAGUCACAGACCAACAAGGGUGACGACGGUGGUACAACUACAAUAUUGUCUGGAACUACAAGUUCAAUGUCAUCAACGACGCAAAUGAUGACGUCGGGUUUGAUUGGCGAGCUGACAACGUCCAGAGGAACAAAGGAGGCACCAGGGCCUGAACGCGUUAGCCUAGCCGUGUACAUCGCCAUUGGUGUCGUGGGGGGCCUCUUCGUGCUAGUAGUCAUCUUCGCGCUCAGCGUCUGGUGCCUACGUCGCAAAUCCAGUGGCAAGUCAAAACGUAGGCGCGGUGCCAGAAACCCCUUCGCUCAGGACGAAAUGGACAAGUUGGACCCUAAGGAGCGUAUGUCCAUGCACCGGCCCAACUCUGCCACCGUCAACGCCGAGGGUGACCUAGCCUUCGUCACCUUCAUCACAGGAGCCGCCAGCCCAGACAGCCACGUGGAUGGGAUCGAGAAUCCCACCUACGCCCUUGGCCCUAACGGCGAUGCAGGAGAGCCGACCGAAAAGACGGCUGGUGCGGGAGACCAGAGCAACACGGCCACCUUGCCAUCUCAAGUUCAGCUGAGCAACGAGGGUCCAACUGAUGGCGCUCAUCAUGAUGACAAGAAAUAUGCAGACAGGAAGGGGGCCAACCUGAGGCCUCAGAGUGGAGUGUCGUACACGAGUAACGACAUCGAGGGGGCCCUUGAAACAAUAGACUCUAUGUGAGAAAGGGGUCAGGACAUCAAAUGUGGAGCCGCAAAAGUCCGCCCCUCGACGCAACCACCAGAGAUUUGAUUACUCAAGAAGAUCUUGUAACAGAGGAUUCAACUGCAUGCACAAUCUCAUAUACCCAGAUUAAGACAUGGGACUUUUCUCGCCCUGUGACCCAACAAGGUCUAUACCGCGUGUGCGCUAAACCUGUGCAGUCCCAACUGGCACUAAGCCUGUGAGAUUUUUAGCGACGGUGAUUUCAAGGUUUCCGUUGCUGUGUCCUCAGUUUUUACCUUAAAGUUUUGUUUCUGUUACUCGGAUGUGUAGAUUUGGUGAUUAAGAGGAGUUGACACAAUGGAAACGUUUGUUACCGACAUGAAAAUCUAUGGGUAUCCCACCAUUAUUCUGAAUUGUCUGUAAAUUUUUAUAAUGUUUACAAAAAUAUUGUCUCCCUAAAAAUGUUGCUCUCUCAUUUUUUUUUUUAAUUUAAUUGAGUCAGAUCAAUUAUUGAACCCUUUUAAAACUAUAUCCCGACUGUGGACUCUUUACACAAUUGUUUUAAUGAAAUGGAAUACAAAAUUUAUACGCUUUUGAGAAAUCGUGUGGUUCCUCUUUUAAAUUCGAAUUCGGUGAUAUGGUGAAUUGUUUGAAUAUUGAAUCAGAAGGCUUUUACAUGAAUAUGAUUAACAUUGAUCAUUUGGAAUGCACAUUGCUCCUAGAGUGCAAGUAUGCCAUUGCCUACAAUAUAACUCGAUAUUUUGAUACACCAAUUGGUUUUGUAAGUUCUCAUGACUUUUUUCAAACAGGAGCUGAUUUUGUGUAAAGCUGUAAGUUGUAAUUUUCAUUUUGAUAUUUAUGUAUAUCACGCAGAGUACAAACUAUUAUAAUUCACUGGUAGGUAUGAACUUAACUUGAAAAUGCUUGCAAUAAAAAAAAAUAAUCCGGGAAAAACUUUCAGACGGUUCCCAUGUUUUGGAAUGAAACAUUAUCAAGGAUGGAGCUUUUCUGAAAAAAAUGUACCAGGUUAAUUUCACGAAGAAAUUUA